GCUUACAAUUCGAACAAACAUGUUUUCACUAUUGAUUUACGGGAUGUUAUCAAUGCACGGAGUUGUCCCAUCACUUUCAGUACCGAGGACGCUAACUUGUUUGCACACCCUCAUUCCGACGCAUUAGUCAUUACUGUUCCAAUAUGCGGAAUUCCAGUACAUCGAGUUAUGGUUGAUACAGGGGCCUAUUCGAGCAUUUUGAUGUUACGAACAUUUGACAAGUUGGGUCUAGAUCCCGCUGAUAUCAAGCCAUGUAAUGACGAAAUUCAAGGAUUCAAUGGGAGCAUUUCUCGACCGAUUGGAGAAAUUACUUUGCCUAUACGAUUCGACAUUCCAGGACAAGCUACUAAGCUUAUCAUGGAAACAUUCAAAGUCAUGGAUAUCCGCAACGAAUAUAAUGCCAUCAUUGGAAGAACGGCGCUCUAUAAGCUCCAAGCAGCCGUGUCUAUAUUUCAUUAUGCGUUAAAAUUCCCGACAACUUUUGGGGAGGGAACUCAUUAUGGCAAUCAAAGAGAAGCUCGAGAACUUGUGUUAAUUACUCUUACCGGCGAAAUUCAGUCCAGCCA